AUGGGUGACUACUCGAAAGCACUUGAAUUUUACGAAAAAUCACAUAAAAUCCUCGAAAAAGCUCUGCCUUCGAAUCACCCUGAUUUGGCUAGUUCCUACAACAACAUCGGUCAAGUGUAUAACAGCAUGGGUGACUACUCGAAAGCACUUGAAUUUUACGAAAAAUCACAUAAAAUCUUCGAAAAAGCUCUGCCUCCGAAUCAUCCCGACUUGGCUCAAUCCUACAACAACAUCGGUGCAGUGUAUAACAACAUGGGUGACUACUCGAAAGCACUUGAAUUUUACGAAAAAGAUCUCGAAAUCACGAAAAAAGCUCUGCCUCCGAAUCAUCCCGAUUUGGCUAUUUCCUACAACAACAUCGGUCAAGUGUAUAACAGCAUGGGUGACUACUCGAAAGCACUUGAAUUUUACGAAAAAGCACAUAAAAUAAAAGAAAAAGCUCUGCCUCCGAAUCAUCCCGAUUUGGCUAUUUCCUACAACAACAUCGGUCAAGUGUAUAACAACAUGGGUGACUACUCGAAAGCACUUGAAUUUUACGAAAAAUCACUUAAAAUAAGAGAAAAAGCUCUGCCUCCGAAUCAUCCCUCAUUGGCUACUUCCUACAACAACAUUGGUAUGGCGUAUUCCGGCAAAGGAGACUAUUCAAAAGCACUCUCAUUCUUAGAAAAGGCACUUUCUAUCUUCCAAAAAUCACUUCCACCUAAUCAUCCUAAUAUUAAAACAGUUACAAACUCAAUUGACAAUGUAAAAAAGAAAAUGUAA